CUUCAAUGCCGUACGCCAUAACUAACUACCUUGUUCGAUCGGUUUCUCCUCCUCGUUAUGGCUCCUCAGAGGCGGCGCCUCCACCAUUUGCAGCGUUUCCCUCUCUUGAUUCCUCUCAUCUCUGCCGUCGCUGCCGCUCUUAUGUUUCUCUUCGCGCUACUCUCUCUUCUAGCUCCUUCUCCCAACGAAACUAAUCAUAUGCACCGCCCGCGCCAACGCUCUUCGUUUGACGUUCAAUCGGAGGACAACGCUAUUGGAGAUAAUGUGUUCCGCGUUCCGAAAAUAAUAGGAAAGUUGAAUCGCGGACUCUGGAGCUUUAACAAUUCCGUAAACUUCUAUGGAUGUAGCAACGCAAGCAGCGAGUUUCCAAAAGCUCAAGCCAUUACUCAUCCGGAUCGGUAUUUGGUAAUUGCAACCAGUGGUGGCUUGAAUCAACAAAGAACUGGAAUUACAGAUGCUGUUGUUGCUGCGCGAAUUCUGAAUUCUACUCUUGUUGUUCCCAAACUUGAUCAACGGUCUUUUUGGAAAGAUUCUAGUAACUUCUCGGAGAUCUUUGAUGUUGAAUGGUUUAUAUCCUUCCUAUCAAAAGAUGUCAAAAUUAUCAAGGAACUCCCAGCAAAGGUUGGCCGAAGAUCAUCUCUGUACUCGAUGCGUGUUCCAAGGAAGUGUAGCGAAAGAUGUUAUAUAAAUCGUAUAUUACCUAUACUCCAGAAAAAGCAUGUUAUUCAGCUCAGCAAGUAUGACUACAGGCUUGCAAACAGGUUGGAUCCGGAGUAUCAGAAGUUAAGAUGUCGAGUUAACUACCAUGGGUUAAGAUUUACCGACCCAAUACUUGCAAUGGGUAGAAAAUUGGUACGUCGGAUGAGGAUGAGAAGCAAACAUUAUAUCGCACUGCACCUGAGAUUUGAACCCGAUAUGCUUGCAUUUUCUGGAUGCGAUUAUGGUGGAGGAGAGAAGGAACAGAAAGAACUGGGUGCAAUAAGGAAGAGGUGGAAGACGCUACAUGGAGCCAAUCCUGAUAAGCAAAGAAGACAGGGAAAAUGCCCGUUAACCCCAGAAGAAGUUGGUCUCAUGCUAAGAGCCUUGGGGUAUGGUUCUGGUGUUCAUAUUUACGUUGCAUCAGGGGAAAUAUAUGGAGGGGAAAAUACAUUGGCACCUCUGAGAGCAUUAUUUCCUAAUAUCCAUUCAAAAGAGACCAUUGCUAUUAAGGAAGAAUUAGAACCAUUUUCUUCAUUUUCCUCUCGCAUGGCGGCACUUGACUUCAUUGUUUGUGAUGAAAGUGACGUAUUUGUGACCAAUAACAAUGGUAAUAUGGCUAAAAUAUUAGCUGGGCGAAGGAGAUACUUUGGGCACAAACCAACCAUUCGUCCAAAUGCUAAAAAUCUCUACCAAUUGAUCAUGAACAGAAAUAAUAUGACUUGGGAAGCUUUUGCUUCCCGUGUACGGACUUUUCAAAAAGGCUUCAUGGGGGAGCCAAAUGAGGUUAGACCAGGCAGAGGCGUGUUUCAUGAGAACCCAUCUACCUGCAUCUGUGAAGAUUCUGUGCCCAAAGUGGGCCAAGAUUCUGGACAUAGAAAACAUGGGAAGGAUAAUGCAAUCAAUGAAAAUGAUGAUGACGAGGAUUAUGAUGAUUCUGGAUUGCCAGAAAUGGAGGAUGAUGAUUACGAAAAUGAUGAAGAUCUGAGAGAUCGAGUAGAGAAGGGUACAUACAACGGAACGGUGUCGGACUAUGACGCAAUGAACUCUCAGAAUCCUGAGUUAGAAGAAGUUGUAUCAGAUUAGUUGAGCUACCAUAUUCAACACUAUUGUACCUGCUUGCAUUAUGCUAUGUUAGUCUUAGUUACAUCCCCUUGAGCAGCUACCAGUCAAUUGAAAGUAUAUGACAAACUCCGGAGCCAGAAAAGCCACAUAACUUGGAAAGACAUACUGAAAAAAAUUCAAACAUGGGAUCAUCAAAUGCACGAUGAUAUAAUGGCCUGGGUUCGAUCAAGGGGAUGACAUAACUGAAUCCGCAGAGAUGGGAUCGGAAGUGAGCAAUGGGAGUGCAAUUGAGGGAAGCCAUUCAACGUUGAGGCGUAGCCCUGUAGGCGGUGUAUAUGUUCGUUCUGGAAAUUUCUUAUAGUUGAAAAUUGUGCGUCGCUGCAUCUAGUUUUCUUUGGCAUUUUGAUGCAAUCAACUGAUUUUCACUAAUAGAAGCAGCAAAAUGCCAACAUAAAGUUUUUGUCCCAAAAGUUUUGGGAAACCUUUUGAUGUGAGAGAGAGGAUCGCUAUAAUCGUUGGGAGAAAUCUACACAUGUUCAACUAUU